UUCCAUCUGUUCGGCUCCGUUGAGACACUGAUUGAAGCAGAUCAUAGCGCUCCGCUGGUCGCAAUGGCAACCGCUCCAACAGGAAGGGAGCGACAACUUUCUUCUUGUUUGUAAUGUUCCGGAGGAGUUCCAAGUCACUGAAGAAGCUACUUUCCUAUGUGAGGAAGGAUCGUUACACACUUUGAGUAAUCCCAAAAUGUCCCAGGGAUGUCCCGUUUCUGUGGAAGAGGUCCAGUCCUGGUGGGAAGUCCCCGCCAUAGCCCACUUCUGCUCGCUGUUCAGGACGGCGUUCCGGCUUCCAGACUUUGAAAUAGAGGAGCUGGAGAAGGCUCUGUCAGAGCAGGACCUGGACUUCCUCGGCGACCUCGUCGCCUGCUUGUUGCAAGGAUGCUACCAGCGCACUGAUAUAACCCCCCAGACGUUCAGCAGCUACCUGGAUGACAUCAUCAGCUACAGGUGGGAGCUGGAGGAGGGGAAGCCCAACCCGCUGCGGGACGGGCCGUUCGACGGCCUCCACCCUCGCACUCAGGUGGAGCUGCUGCACAGGCUCUGCGACUACCGCCUGGAUGCUGCAGACGUCUUCGACCUGCUGAAGGGGCUGGAUGCAGACAGCCUGAGGGUAGAACCCCUGGGGCAAGAUGGAGACGGCGCCCUCUACUGGUACUUCUAUGGCACUCGUAUGUACAAAGAGGAGCCAAUGGACCGGAAAGCUGAGAGUCUCAGUGAAUUUGAUCUAACAUUACCAGAGAGGAAGAGGAGGGGAAGACCACCAAAGAAACGAAAGCUAGAAGACAAUAAUCUAAGUGAAGAUGAAAGUGAGGGGGCAGAUGUGAAGUCAGACAACGGCCUGGAUGACUUUCCUCCUAGCGCAGGCCGUCAGCGAGGCGCCUGGUCUCUGGUGUGUGACACGGAGGAGCAGUGGAUCCGCCUGGCGGAGAGCAUCAAGGACAGAACGUCCCCACAGGACCGCCAUCUUUACCGCCUCAUCAGCCAGAACUUCCUGCCUGAGAUCAGCAGCAUGAUCGAGCACAAGGAGCGAGAGCAGAAGCAGAAGUUACUGGACCCGGCGCCGGUCCGGACCUCACAGUGGUUCUCUGAAAACCACAUUAAACCUGAGAAAGAGGACAAUCUGAAGGCCAGAUCAGAGGAGGAGAGGCGGAAAGACGAAGAACUGGACCGGCAGGUUCUGCUGGCUGAGCAGCGCCGGGAAGAGGAGCGCCUCCUGCAGGAGGAGCAGCAGAGGGAGAAGCUGGAGAAGAUGAAAGCUGUGGAGGAGCGAGCGAAGAGGCGGAAGAUGCGUGAGGAGAAGGCCUGGCUGCUCUCCCAGGGAAAAGAUCUUCCACCCGAACUCCUGAACCUGGAGCCGUCUUCCCCCGUCAGACGGACACGCAAGAGCAAAGAAUUCUACGACAUUGACGAUGACUGCACCGCUCUUUACAAAGUGCUGGAGGCCCUCAAAGCUCACAAAGACGCCUGGCCUUUCUUAGAGCCUGUGGACGACUCCUACGCCCCAAAUUACCAUGACAUCAUCCAGACUCCCAUGGACCUGUCCACCAUUGAAAAGAAGCUCGGCGACGGGGAGUACGUCGCCAAGGAGGAGUUUAUUGCAGACGUGAAGCUCAUGUUUGAAAACUGUGUGGAAUACAAUGGAGAAGACAGCGAAUACACCGUCAUGGCCGAAUCUCUGGAGCGCUGCUUUAACCGGGCGCUGCUGAAACACUUCCCAUCGGAGGACGGCGAUACGGACGAGGAGUUCCACAUCAGCCGGGAGGACCGAGAACGGAAGGACAAGAAGCGAAACCGGACCAGUAAACAUUUAGGACCGGAGAGCUUGAUCAGGGCGACGGAGCAGGUCCAGCGUAAGAGGAAUCUGCAGGGAAAAGGCAGCGCUCCUGCAGAGGCAGAGGACGGCCGGAUGCCCCGACUGCAGCUCCCACCCCACUGGGCCAGCGGCCCGGCUCAGGGACCGGCUCAGGGACCGGCUCAGGGACCGGCUCACGGCCUGCCUCCAAACCAGCAGCACAUAUUCCAUCCAGGACAGCAGCUCCGUCCUCCAGCUGGUCCUCCCGGUCCGCAGAUGUUCGCUCAAAGGAUGGCCAUGGAUCCUCGCUUCAGCUACCCGGUCCACAUCCCGAGGCCUGGAGAUCCCAGCUUCAGCCGCUACCCUCACAGUUUUAAUAUGCAGUGGAUAGGGCACCAAAACGGUUUCCAGCCCAGCGACUCACAUCCUUGUAAAUCCGGCCCUGGAUGCACCAAACGUCUCACAGGAAGCACCGCCACCCUGUGGUGUAACUCGGUACAACACGUCAAUUCAACAUGCUUUCACCCCUUUUUUACUCCUAUUAAAAUAUCAAUAAAGAUGAUUAACGAGACUUUGAGGAAUAAUUUCAGCCUUAAAGUCGAUCUGCGUUUGUCUCGACGUUCUGCUGACUCGUCUGUUUUCUGUCCAUCAGGUCCAACGUCCAACAGCAAAAACGAUGUAAACACCCGUAAUGAAGCAACGCCACAAAGAAGCGUUCCUGCCAUAAGGCUGGAACUGGCCGCUGCUCUGAGUCCAUCGGGCCGCCCCACCGGGUCGGAGCGGACGCCCAGUUUCCAGAUUUGCCAUCAGUGGGCAGACGGGCUGCCAGAGGGCUCCGCCCGGCCUCACGCCGCCUCCCCCCCGCCGUCCCCACAGCGCACUCCACUCGGCUCCCUGCCGCCCAGCCACCCCUCCACUCUGCUGCCCCCCCAGGCCAGUGCGGCGGAGCCGGGCAAUCAGCGACCCUGUGAGGCCGUCGGCAGGCCCGACCCGGAGGCCCUGAUGUCCGCCCCGCCUGGCAUGUACAAGCAGUUCAGCAGCCAGACCCCGCCCAUGGGGGGGUCCAUGGGAGACAACACAGGGAACAACGCGGCCCAGCGGGGGCCAGGUGGCUACAGCCCCGCGGCUCCGCCCACCUCCCAGUACAGCCUGGCCGGCGCCCUCCAUCCACACUACAACAAGACGCCGUUUCCCAGCCAGUCCUUAAACGCCCCGCCCCACCCUGCCUACCAGCAGGGGGGCAGCAACGCCUUCCCCUACCAGCAGCCGCCUCCUCCGCUCAGGAACAUGUUCUCUCCCCAUCAGUACCAGCAGCCGGCCUACUUCGCCCCCCCGCUCAGCAGGGAGGGGUACCAGCCCCCCUACCGGCCGCAGCAGCCGGACGCCCCCAGCGCCUACCUCCCUGUGGGCGCCGCCAGGUCCAACGGUCACUUCAAGGACAGCGCUGCGUCACCGCCGGGCUCCAGCCGCGCCGCCUUGCUGUCCCCCUCUGGCUCGGAGGAGGGGGGGUGUGCCGAGGCGCCGGCCGGUCCAAUCAGCGACCAGACGGCCGAGACCUCAGAGCCGCCGGAAAGCCCGAAGGAAAUCCUUGACCUGGACAGCCACAAUGCCGCCGCCCGCCACCGGGCAGCGCCGCCUCUCCAGCUGCGGCACGCCCAUCCGGCAGGGUUCAUGUAUGACCCCCGAGCGCUGCACCCCGGCAUGCAGCAGGGCGGCGCCCCACCGCCUCACAUGAUGCCCCAGGCAGCGGGCGGUGGGACGCCGUACCCCGGCCAGCCCUACCCAGACCCCCGAUACGCUGCCCAGAGGCCCCACCCACACCUGAUGGAGGCGCUGCAGCGGCCCCAGCUGCCCUACCCCCCCGGGCAAAUGCGCAUGGCCUUGUACCGACACCCCAGAGCUGCAGGGCACUUCCAGGGCAUGAUGGUCCAGCAGAGGGGGCCGGAGCGCUUCCUGCACCCGGGGCAGCAGAUGAUGGCCACUCCUGGAGGUGCUGGAGCGAAACAAGGACUGUAAAAAUCUGAAGAUCAAAGUUCGGAUUCAACAAACUGCUGAGACAGACAGGAAGUCCGUCCCAGUGGCUGCGGCCGUUUCCUGCUGGGAGGCUCCAACCGACCAGCUGCCACAGCACACAGAAUAAAAUGUGAAAUAGUUUUGAGCCACAGAGAUCAAA